AUGGAAAAAUUUAUUGUAGUGAAAGAUUCCAUGAAAAAAGUUCCGCGUUUCGGUCUUACUGGCCGUAAAGUGGAAUUCAAAAUUAAACCGAUCCCGGAGGGCGAGGAUCCCAUGAAGUGGGUGAAGGGGGCUGUAGAAGACAUUUUGCAGAAAGGGACCGAGGGCGUAGCCCCAAAUGAUCAAGUGGGGCUCAGUUUUUGCUCCAAAGACUUUACACGCGGUGAUGGCUGGAUGAAUUUUAAAACGGCUAGUGAAGUAACUUUUGACGAUGCAUGGAAGACAAUAUCUUCCAUAUAUCAAUCUAACAGCACCGGACUAAACACCGAGACUUUCUGUCUCGGUGUUACAGCCGUGAAAAUGCCGGUUGGGCAAGGUCGUGGGGUCAAAUAUAACAGUUUCCACGAAGAGUGUGGGAUGCGGAAGGGGAUUGCCACCAUAAAUAAUAAAGAUAAUUUGUGCCUUCCUAGGGCCUUGGUUGUGGCUAUUGCGCACGCUGAUAAGGAUCCUAUUUACAAUAAGAUAAGAAAGGACACAGGAAAAAUCCAAACGGAGAAGGCCAGGGUUCUAGUGGAGGCUGCACGCGUUGUUAUACCGGUAGAGGGGGCAGGCAUCCCCGAAAUCCAGGCCUUCCAACAACAUCUGGUAGACUACCAAAUUAUAGUCUAUCAGUACGGAUCCAAGGGCAGGGAUCUGGUAUAUAAAGGCGAGGAGAAACCCAAGAAACUCCAUUUGCUGUAUCACGAAGGACAUUACAAUGUCAUAACAUCAUUGACGGCGGCGUUUUGUUGUGGUUAUUAUUGUGAAGAGUGUAAUAUUCCUUACAAUAGUAAAAAAGACCAUAGAUGUGGCGGUACAUGCGCGGGGUGUCAACAAUCUCCAGCAUGCCCUACAGACAAUAUGAAAAUCAAGUGCCCCGAGUGUUUGCGUUCGUUCAGAGGACCUCGAUGUUUCGAGAACCAUAAGAAGGUUGGAUCAUACGGCAAAGGUUCGGUAUGCGAAAGUGUUAGGAAAUGCCCGGCGUGCCUUAUAGUUGUAAAAGCAGACAGACCACAUACUUGUGGCGAGAAGUUCUGUACGAUUUGCAAGAAACAUCAGCCGCAGCCGCACCAUUGUUAUAUGCAGCAGGAUACAGGGUGUCCCAGUAUGAAGAACAUAUUGUUUAUUUUUUAUGAUUUGGAAACAAGACAGGAGAAGAAGCUGGAAGACGGUAGUUUACUUCAUGAACCUAACUUAUGCGUUAAUAGAAAGGUUUGCGACAGUUGUAUUGACAAGAACAAUAAUGUUGUGUGCCAAAAGUGUGGGGAAAGACAAAAAGUGAUUAAAGACAGCGCUAUACCGGUAUUAUUAAGGGAUAUUUUAGUACUUAGGAAACAGUUCAAGGAUGUGGUGGUGCUAGCACAUAACGGCGGAGGGUUUGACCAUCAAUUUAUCCUGGACUAUAUUCUCCAGCAAACAGAUCUAACACCUGAACUUAUCACCCGAGGUACCAAGUUAGUUCUCAUGUCUGUGGGCAACGUUAAAUUCCUCGACUCCCUUAAUUAUUUCCCCAUGGCCCUAUCCAAAUUACCUAAAGCAUUCGGAUUGACAGAGUUGAAGAAAGGAUAUUUUCCCCAUCUAUUUAACACCGUAGGACAUCAAAAGUAUGUUGGACCAAUGCCCUCUAUUGAAUAUUAUGAUCCCGACAAUAUGAAGGUUGAAGAUAGGGAAAAGUUCAUUAAAUGGUACGAGGAACGUGUAGCGGAGAACUACAUGUUCGAUUUUGAGAAAGAGUUUGUUGAAUAUUGUGUAUCUGAUGUCGACAUUCUCACGCAAGCCUGCCUCAAAUUCAGAAAACUCAUGAUAGACGAGGGGAACGUGUGUCCGUUUACAGAAGCCUCAACAUUACCCAGUGCUUGCAACAAGAUUUUCCGCCGCAAUUUCCUCCAGCCCGAAACUAUAGGUAUCAUUCCUAAAAACGGGUACAGGUUAUGCGAUAACCAAAGUAAGAUCGCGCUCCAGUGGUUAUUGUGGGAGGAGAAAGAAAGAGGAGUUGAAAUCAUACAUGCCGCAAAGCAGCAGGAAAGUAUUGUCGCGGGAUGUAAAGUAGAUGGGUUCUGUGAAAAAUCAAAACAAGUGUUUGAGUUUCACGGUUGUUAUUACCAUGGGUGCCCUAGAUGUUACAAGUACGAGCGCCAGGUACCGCUGAAAGACGACCCUACACAAACAUUGGAUUCCCGGUACGAAAAUACGGUUACUAAAACUCAACAUUUAAUAGACCAAGGGUACGAGGUGAUUGAAAUGUGGGAGUGCGAUUUCCGGCGCAAUAUGAACGAUGAAAUCAGACAAUAUACCGAAGACCAUCCUUUACUCGUAAACUUACCACUAAAUCCGCGCGACGCUUUUUACGGGGGCCGUACGGAAAAUAUGAAAACCUAUUACAAGUGCCGGGACGGAGAACAAAUCAAAUACGUCGACGUUUGUUCGCUUUACCCGUGGGUGAACAAGUACGGAAAGUACCCCGUAGGACAUCCGGAAGUUAUCGUCGGUAAUGAAAAGUGUAGUAAACUUAAUCUGCUUGAAACAGACGGACUGAUUAAAUGCAGAAUUCUUCCACCUCAGCAGCUGAUCCAUCCCGUAUUGCCGGUAAAACUGAACGAUAAACUCAUGUUCGUGUUGUGUUACACGUGCGGUAAAACAGGGGCCAGAGAGUGUAGUCAUAGCGAUGAAGAAAGGGCAAUUAACGGAACAUGGGUUAUUGACGAAGUGGUGAAGUCGGUUGAGAAAGGGUACCUUAUACUAGAUAUUCAGGAAAUCUGGAAAUAUAAAGUCACACAAUAUAAUCCGGAGACAAAAGAAGGGGGUUUAUUCAAUGGAUACAUCAGCAAAUUUCUAAAAAUAAAACAAGAAUCGUCAGGCUGGCCCUCAUAUUGUACAACACCACAAUCCAAAGACCAAUACGUACGUGAAUAUUUGGCAAGGGAAGGUGUUACGCUAGAUCCCCAAAAGGUGGCUGUAAACCCGGGCCUCAGGCAGCUUGGAAAAGCUGUUAUCACAUCGUUUUGGGGCAAGUUAGGACAGAGGGAAAAUCAGGGAAAGACGUCUAUUGUGAAUAGGCCAGAAGCCCUGUUUUCUAUGCUAACUAACCCUGCAACAGAUGUCAACUCCAUACUGUCUGUGAACGACGAUACUUUACUGGUAAAUUGGUCGUUUAAAGAUGAAGCGUACGAUGUUUUACCAACAGUAAAUGUAUGUUUAGCCGCAUACACCACGGCCCAAGCCCGCCUGAAAUUAUAUAGCUACCUGGAAAAAGUUGGUGAUAAUGCUAUUUACACGGACACGGAUAGCGUUAUUUACCUAUCGAAGACCGGGCAAGAAGAUAUUCGGCUUGGAAAUUUCCUUGGUGAAAUGACUGACGAGCUGGAGGGGUAUGGCGAGGGCAGCUACAUUGAUGAGUUUGUAUCGGGAGGACCUAAGAAUUACACAUAUAAGGUAUAUUCUCCUAAGACCGGGGAAUAUUCCAUAACGUGCAAGGUUAAAGGUCUCUCCCUAAACUACAACGCCUCUCAAACCGUGAAUUUUGAAACCAUAAAAUCCAUGGUUUUAACAGAAGAAGAGCCCGAACCUGUACCAAUAAUCUACAAACAGAUACGGAGAACCGGGGAUCACAAAGUUAUGACUACACAACUGACUAAACUAUACAGACCGUUGUCGACCAAACGGAAAUUCGACGAGCAAGGUGGUUCAUUACCGUUCGGGUUUAAAAAAGCUAGACACUGA